AUCAUAGUUAAUUUCUCUAUAUUGUGUAAGUUGGUGCUCACCGUUGGUGAUAAAUAUAUCACAUCUCCACAUAAAAGCGUCUGAACAAUUCUAAUAUCCUUUGGCAUUUGCCCGUUUUUAAUUCCUGUUUGAUCGCAUUGCAAAAAUUCUUCCUGUACCCAAACUUGGAUUUGAGCCAUGGUUCAUUCAAAUCGCCUAAGUUUGAACUAUUGGCCUUUCCAGGGCUGCCAACUUGGUUUGGUGACUGGGGCUGACAAGUUCUACGUGAAGGUGGCGGAGGUUGAGAAGGUACCGGGCAAUAAAAUUCUCCUCUACGUGAAUCAAAGUUUGAUCGCACCUCUCCCAACACGAACUCUCAUCGAAGGAACUAUUUGGGUGCCAAAUCCGAACUGUGACGAAGGAAGCCAUGAAAUUCAUUUUACUCUCCAAUCAGCUAAGACUAUCUCAAUCAUUUUAUCAGCCAAUCAAAUCGACCAUUCACGGCCUUGCGAGUUCAUUUUGGAUGUGAUUGCACCCAAUCUCGUUAUGCUAUUCGAUUGCGCUGGUCCAGAAAUACGCGGCAAACCACUGUUGACCUUCAAUAGCCCUCAAAAGUUGUUGAAGAGCGAAGAACAGUUACCCUAUUACUUGACAUGGAAAGAUGGAUGCUUGGAAUUUGGACGGGACGAACCGGGGUCCGAUUCAAACCUGAUCUUGUUCAAGCAUCUGCAUUACAAACCUGGAUCUCACAAUGAAUUGAAAGAUUUCUAUGAGCCCAGACACUGGAUUGGAAGUAUAGGAUUCACGGCACAAGCUUCCCGCUCAUCCUUUUUCAGUUACGAUCCAAAUUGUUACGGAAGGAACUUUCGCGACUUGGGAGGUCAUUUCUAUAGGCAAAAGUAUAGAACCACUCACAACGAGAUGAUCUUCAAUGAUUUCUCAGAGGUUUGGCAUGUGGAAUUCAGUCAUCAAAUGAAUGAUAAUAUAUCACGCAAAGUCGAAGGAAAAAUGCAUUUGCUUUUUAUUGGAGAAAAUUAUGCGGCCUUCGAUAUCAAAGUCCUGAAUGCUACCCACAAUAAAACCAUUCUCCGCCCUGAGAAUAAGUCAGUAUUGAUUUCGUUUGAUGUUAAUGUGGAUGCAGGUUUGGGUUCACUUAUCGAAUUCAACUUAAAUGAGACCAUUCCUUUCUUGAACGAGGUUAACAAGGACGAGGGAAAUUUCCGCUCCGCUCACAUUUCCAGUUUCAACUUUACGGAAGAAGUCAUUACCAAUCAAAGGCUCACAUCAAUGAAAUGUGAUCCGGCCGAGAUGUCACAGCUUUGUCGAAUGGGCCAAUAUGGUUUUAAGAACACUCUCGAUGCAAAACUAUCCGGACGCGGCUUCUCGUUCCGAUUUGGCCCUUAUGACCGGCGCAUCUUUGGCUUUGGCAUCGAGUGCACACCGGAGACUCAAGAGUCGUGCGAGACCAUUUGGCGACCGAAUAUCAAAUGACCAAUUGAUGCUAAUCAUAAAUUAGUUGUUAUACUCAUGCUUAUUGUAUUUGACUCAGACAGUUCGUUGAGGAAUAAAUUUUGAUUA